AUGUAUGUGCACAGAAGCUUUACAUUGUAUGCUCAUAUAAAAUCCCUAUGAAAUGCAAUAACAUUUGUUGUUUGUAACAUAGCAAAAUGCAAAAGGACUUGAUGCAUAAUUGGUAUUAUAAUAAUGCUUCUCCAUAGUUCAAACCCUUGGAUUUACAUGAUGUAAUGUUUUGUUUGUCCAGAACAUUUCUUUGCUCCUGGACAACAAAUUCAAAUAUUUGCCUGUUCAAUGCAGACAGAGUGUCAUUUGAUUUCUCACAUUUUACUGUCUUAUAAAUAUGAACACACCCCACCUGUCCACACAUAGCAGGUGGACAUGCAAAGCUGACCUGUCAAUGAACAGAUAAGCUUCUUUUUUCUGCUUUUCAGUCGUCCACACACUCCAAAGCUGUGUGUGAGCUCUGUGUAUGUUUUUGGUGUUGCUGCUCUUUUCUCAGAAAACAGGUGCAGGACCUGUUCUGUCACUUCUGUUCCCACACAUCAUAUCAGUUGCUUCAGGUCAUCUCCGUAGGUUUUAAUAAAUUCCCCGCCCGGUGCCUGAUACUACUUUACUUAUCUGGCUCGCCUACAAAGGUGUGACUGAGGGCUCUCUUUUAAACGCAGGUGGCUUUUCAUGGGAAACGUAUUUUCUGAAAAGCAAAACCACUUCAGGAUGCAAAAAAAUUUUUUUUCCUUGGUGGUGGUGAUGGCAGUGAGCUUUUUUCUUUUUAUUCUUUCUUGGGAAAAUUAUAAAGGAGAAUCAAAUUGGAAAGUCUUCUCAAGAAAAGUACUACCUAGAGGUGAAGAUACAUUGAUUCAUGCUGUGCAAAGGAUAAGAAAGCUGAGUCUGUUAUCAGGUUUGCCAACAAAGAUUGAGAGGAAAACCAAUAAAAGCAACAUUUACUCCCUAGGAAACGUUAAAACUCAAAGCAGAGGUCCUGAGAGCCCUGUCCCCAUCAUGAAUUUAAGUUCCUUCAAAAAACUUCCUCAGUGGAGUUUUGAGGAUAUAUACAAUCUGGAUGCUCCACUAAUACCAACAACUUGUCCGCAGUCUCUGCGUAACUCAAAGGACGAGGACUUCCAGAAAGUUUUCCUUCCCAACAUUUGCAUGUUUCUGCACAAAGACAACUUCAACAUCAGAGAGUGGAACCGGCUCUCGCACUUCAACGAUCCUUUUGGUUUUAUGGGAUUGAAAUAUAGUGAUGUAAAGCCUGUAGUGAAGCUGAUCCCAAAGCCCAAAGAGCCGCUGCUCCUCCCAAAGCCAGGCGGGGACGGCUGCGUCCACUGCGCCGUGGUGGGAACGGGCGGCAUCCUGAACGGCUCGAAGAUGGGCACCGAGAUUGAUGCUCACGACUAUGUGUUUCGGAUGAAUGGUGCGGUGAUCAACGGCUACGAGGAAGACGUAGGAACAAAAACGUCGGUUUAUGUUCACACCGCUCAUUCAAUCACAGCAUCCCUUGAAUUUUUUAAGGAGUACGGAUACAAAUCUGCCCCGCAUGACGAAGGAAUAAAGUAUGUCCUGAUUCCUGAGGGUUUGAGGGAUUUCCAGUGGCUGCAGGGUCUUCUCAAAGGAGAGAAAGUUUCCUCCGGUGAAUACCAAGAUCAAGAACCCAGGGCUUAUUACUCAGGACAGUUCAGUGAGGAUCGCUUCUACGUUCUGCACCAGGACUUCCUGCGAUACGUUCGAAACAGGUAUCUAAGUUCAAAUGACCUUAGUGGAGAUUACUGGGCAAUUGUCCGACCAACCAACGGGGCGUUUACUCUCUUUGUGGCUCUGCACACAUGCGACACGGUGAGUGCAUAUGGAUUUAUGACAGAAGACUACAGUAAAUACUCAAACUAUUAUGCGGAGAAGCUUUUGAGCGAAGUAACUUUCUACAUCAACCACGAUCUCAUUCUGGAGAAGAAUCUGUGGAAAAGCUUUCAUGACAAAAAAAUACUGAAGCUGUAUCAAAGAACUGGGUCAGAAAAGCAAACGGAUUCCUGAUUCAGUGUCAGGAGUCAAGAAGACCUGAAAAAAUAUGACGGUUUAUUAUUUUUACUACUGUACUUUAACCCUAAGCUUAUUUAAAUGAGCUCUGUGUACACAAGUGGGAGAAAGACUUGUGUAAAUAUUUGUUGUAAAAUAAUGUCCUACAUGUGGACUGUAUUGAGGCAUAUCAGGUGCUGAAAUGAAGAAUAUUUGUACAUUUAUUUAUAGAUAUAUUAUUGUUUUUGUAGUAAUAAUCUGCAUUUUGCGUUGGUGACAUAUCUUUGCAAUGUGGUAGCUGUAGCAAUGUUUUAGUUUUAAAAAAGCACUCUAACAGAUUAACACCGUCAAGAAAACAAACAUUUUUAAAAUAAAUACAUAAAACCAAAAAUAAUUUUAAUGAACUUUUGUUUAUCUAUGUAGCUUGUAAUUAGCAGGGGAAACUUAGAACUACAUUUUGUGGAAGAAAACGGCUAAUAUACUGUGAAUAGUGUGACAUCAGUGUUGAUUGUAUGUUAUUAUAUUUUUCUGUUUGUUUUUAUUUGUUAAUCACUUUUGAAAUAAACUAAUACAGUAAAC